AUGGACGUGUCAGGCAACAUGCUGAAGCGGCCUCACCCCGAGGACGAAGAGAACAAUACACAGAAGAAGACCCGUUCCAACGAUGGCUCUCCAGCGCCGACCCAGGGGGGCUCUUCCGGUGGCGGUGUUGAUCUGUCAAAGAUGCUGGCUGAGGCAAAAGCAAGAGCAGAUGCUAUACGCGCACGGCUUGGGCCUGUGAAAGGCGCAUCUCCCACCACUACAUCAUCAGCAGAGCCAACCCCCAGUUCUACUCCUCCCCCGAACCCCGCCAUGUCUAGAUUGGAACAGAUGAAAGCUAGAGUAGCAGCAGCUACCGAAAAGGCCAAUGCAGCGGCCCUGCAGCGGCCAAGGGCGCCCCCUCCUCCGUCUUACCCGCCUCCGGAAAUGGAAGAAGACAGCACACCGAGGGCUAGAGGAGGAUUGGAUGUUGGUCUACACCCGGCUUUGCUUGGAGAUAUUUCGACGGAUUUCCGAGGUGCCAAAGGACGACAAUCCCAAGCGAAAGCCAAUCGGCGUACCGAAUCCCCGAUGCCUACGAAACAAGGACUUGAUCUCUCAGGUCCGUCUCUGGAAGAAAUCAAGGAUAACCCGUACUUCGAUCCGAGUCUUGGGCCGAAGAACACAGUUGCGAAACCGCGGCAGUCGAGACAACUUGUUUUCAAUCAGAAAGGGAAAUACAUGCAACAAGCGGCUGCUCUACGUCGACAGGCUCAGCUCGAGGCUAUGAAGAAGCGUAUUGCGGAACGGACGCGACAGGCGGGUAUCGAUGAAGACUUAGACGUCGAAAAAGCGUUCCUUGUUCCCGCGCCGCCGGCGGUUGAGUGGUGGGAUGAAGGUCUGGUGAACGGAGAUGACUACGCUGCCAUUGAAGAUGAAAAGAAUGUCAAGAUCGGCACACCCGAUACAAUCGUGACUUCAUAUAUCCAACAUCCCGUCCUUCUUGAUCCCCCACAAGAGAAGCAUAUGCCCCAACAGAAGCCCAUGUUCCUUACUCCUAAGGAACAAGCCAAGAUUCGUCGACAGCGAAGAAUGGCAGAUCUUAAAGAGCAACAGGCAAAGAUCAGACUGGGUCUUGAACCAGCACCGCCGCCAAAGGUUAAGAAAUCCAACCUGAUGCGGGUGUUGGGUGAACAAGCCGUCAAGGAUCCCACUGCCGUCGAAGCCCGUGUGACUCGCGAAAUUGCCGAACGUCGCGAGAAACACGAAAUUAUGAACGAGGAACGUAAACUGAGCAAAGACGAACGCCGGGAGAAACUCGCAACACAGCAAGAAAAGGAUGCAGAGAAGGGAAUUCACGUGUCUGUAUAUCGGAUCGAUAGCCUUGCGAACGGACGGAACCGUUUCAAGAUUAGCAAGAAUGCUGAACAGCAUGCUCUUACCGGCGUUUGCGUCAUGCAUCCUCGAUUGAACCUAGUGAUUGUCGAGGGUGGCGCCCACUCAAUUAAUGCCUACAAGAAACUCAUGCUGAACCGGAUCGACUGGGGCGAGAACCCUGGUUCCAACGGCGCCCGAGAGAACAACAAUCGUGAACCUCUUGCGUCGUGGCUAGAGGCUGAGGAUGAUAAAGGGAAUCUGAAGGAUCUCAGUACUAAUUCCUGCGAUCUUCUUUGGGAAGGUCAAGCCAAGGGGCGUGCUUUUAGAAAGUGGCUGGGAGCGCGUGUCUGUGAAAGCGAUUCGCAAGCUAAGGAUGUCCUGGCCAGAGGGAAGAUGGAAAACUUCUGGGUCCUGGCUAAAAGCGCAAAGGCCAAUGAGUUCUGA